AGAGAGAGAGAGAGAGAGAGAGAUGACAUGUCAGCCUCAGUUUUUAUAUCGGCGGCGAUUAGGAGGAGGAGCGUUUCCGUGGCAAUGAAGGUUGCCGUCAUCGGAAGCGGAAUAUCAGGAGCAGUGUGCGCAUCGACUCUGGCCAGUAAUGGAGUCUCCGUCACUAUCUUCGACUCCGGUCGUGGUCCCGGUGGCCGCACGUCUCAGAGAAGGGAGGUUGGGGAAGAUGGGAAGGAGCUGACGUUCGACCAUGGAGCUCCGUUUUUCUCUGUGACCAACUCUGAUGCAAUGGCCCUUGUUCACGAGUGGGAGUCCAGAGGUUUUGUUUCUCAGUGGAAACAAGUUUUUGGGAGUUUCGAUUGUGCCUCCAACAAGUUUCUUGGCAGCAUCCAACAGGAAGGGGAUGCCAACAACAACAAGUAUGUGGGUGUUCCAGGCAUGAACUCUAUAUCAAAGGCCUUGUGCAACCAGUCCGGUGUUGAAUCUAUGUUUGGAACUGGUAUUGCCAAGCUGGAGUGGUUAGAGGAAGAGAUACCAUGGCUGUUGAAAGAUUCUAAAGGACAAAACCUGGGUCGUUUUGAUGGAGUGGUUGCUUCUGAUAAAAACAUUGUUUCUCCAAGGUUUACUCAAGUAACCGGACUCCCACCUCCUCUGGACUUGAAUCUUGUCCCGGAGUUGGCCACUAAGCUGCAAGAUAUUCCUGUUCUCCCAUGCUUUUCUCUUAUGCUAGCUUUUAAGGAACCAUUGUCUUUGAUACCAGCGAAAGGCUUAUCUUUCAAGAAUUCUGAGAUUUUGAGCUGGGCUCACUGUGAUAGCACUAAGCCAGGGCGGUCCACUGAUAGUGAAAGAUGGAUACUGCAUUCCACUCCAGGCUAUGCCAGCAGUGUUAUUGCCAAAACCGGCCUCCAAAAGCUGUCGAGCGAAACACUUGACAAAAUAUCUGAAGAGAUGUUCAAAGAGUUUCAGUGCUCAGGGCUUGUUAGUUCUCUCCCCUUUUUCAUGAAAGCCCACAGAUGGGGAAGUGCGUUCCCAGCCAAAAGCAUAGCCGUAGAGGAGAGGUGUCUCUGGGAUAGAAACAGGAACCUAGCAAUCUGUGGAGAUUUCUGUGUCAGUCCAAACGUCCAAGGUGCCAUACUCAGUGGCUUAGCUGCAGCUUCAAAGCUUUUGCAGGCUUCCAGCUGCUUAUAGGUACCCCCUACUCUGUGUACCUCAAAACAGAGUUAAAUAUUUAUAUAUCUUAUUAUAAGUAUUCUACUUGAAUCAUGUAAUAGUUACAAUAACAGUCUUCCUCGUAAACUUUAUCCGCCGAUGAGGCAGACAUAUCAUGUGAUCUUCCUAAAUUUCUACUUUGUUUCUUGAUGAAGUGACAGCAAGCGCACUUAUUUA